CUUUUAAUAGGAUUCAAGGCGUCCAACCCAUUGAACUGCUCUAUUGAAGCGCAUUCAACGUUUCCAUUGAAGCGCAGUUGCCGUUCUCUAUUGAAGCUAGUUCUUGUAUCCCCCAUUGAAGCAGCUUCUGAGGAGAGAACUUCGUAGAGGGCGAUUUCUAGUUCCUAAAGUGGCUAACCAACUCGUUUAAGGGUGCAUAAAAAUAAAAAAUAAAGGACACUCAUAUAUUCUGAGUGCCUCAAAUCUUACUGGAGAUGCCUGCAUUUUCUGUGGCUAGUGCAUGUAAAGCACCAUCGACCUCGAUUUUCAAUCGUUCCAGACUUCUUCAGUCUUUAAGCUCCCAAAAAUUACACACUCAAUCGGUUGCAAAAGUUUCAGCAAUUUCAACUGACAUUGAGUUGUUGUCGCUGAAAUCAAGCUCGAAGAAAGUUAAAGCUAUGGCUGUGUCCGAAUCAAUCUCUACAUCACAGUUGGAGUCUGCCUCUACAGGUUCAGGCUCGGGGACAAAGCAGGUGUUGAUUUCACUAUCCGAUAAAAGUGACUUAUCUCAGCUUGGAAGUGGGUUACAAAGCUUAGGAUACACAAUUGUUUCGACUGGAGGAACUGCAACUUCUCUGGAAAAGGCUGGUGUGGCUGUUACUAAAGUGGAGCAGCUAACUUGCUUUCCCGAAAUGCUGGAUGGGCGUGUAAAAACUUUGCAUCCUUACAUACAUGGAGGCAUCCUUGCUAGAAGAGACCUUAAGCAUCACAUGGAUGCUUUACAAGAACAUGGAAUUGGAACCUUUGAUGUUGUUGUUGUAAAUUUAUAUCCCUUUUAUGAUAAAGUGACUUCUUCUGGAGGAGUUCAUUUUGAUGAGGGAAUUGAAAAUAUUGACAUCGGUGGACCUGCGAUGAUCAGAGCUGCCGCAAAGAAUCACAAGGAUGUAUUGGUGGUGGUUGAUCCACAAGAUUAUGCUUCUCUGUUAGAUUACCUUAAGGGAGAUCAGGAAGAUGAGCAGUUCCGGAGGAAGCUUGCCUGGAAGGCUUUUCAGCAUGUAGCUGCUUAUGAUUCUGCAGUUUCAGAGUGGCUGUGGAAGCAAACUGGAGGAGACAAAUUCCCACCCAGCUUUACAGUGCCAUUAUCCCUUAAAAGCUCUCUUCGGUAUGGGGAGAAUCCUCAUCAGAAAGCUGCAUUUUAUGUUGACAAGAGUCUUGCUGAGGUUAAUUCUGGUGGUAUUGCUACAGCUGUUCAAUACCAUGGAAAGGAAAUGUCGUAUAAUAACUACUUGGAUGCUGAUGCAGCUUGGAAUUGUGUCUCUGAAUUCAAUGAUCCAACAUGUGUGGUGGUGAAGCAUACAAAUCCUUGUGGAGUAGCUUCACGCAGUGACAUUAUCGAAGCAUACAGGCUAGCAGUCAAAGCAGAUCCAGUUAGUGCAUUUGGCGGCAUUGUAGCUUUCAAUGUAGAAGUUGAUGAGGCUCUUGCAAAGGAUAUUCGAGAAUUUAGAAGCCCUACUGAUGGUGAGACUCGGAUGUUUUAUGAAAUUGUGGUUGCACCCAAAUAUUCAGAAAAAGGACUUGAGAUACUACGUGGAAAAUCAAAGACCUUAAGAAUCCUUGAGGCAAAGAAGAAUGACAAAGGGAAACUUUCUUUGCGACAAGUUGGAGGUGGUUGGUUAGCUCAGGAGUCAGAUGAUUUGACACCUGAGGAUAUCCAAUUUAAAGUUGUCUCUGAAAACACUCCAACAGAGAAGGAGCUAAGUGAUGCACAGUUUGCCUGGCUUUGUGUGAAGCAUGUAAAGAGCAAUGCUAUAGUGAUAGCAAAGAACAAUUGCAUGCUAGGAAUGGGGAGUGGGCAGCCAAACCGCCUUGAAAGUAUGAGGAUUGCUAUGAGAAAAGCUGGAGAUGAGAUCAAAGGAGCGUCUUUGGCAAGCGAUGCUUUCUUCCCAUUUGCUUGGAAUGAUGCAGUGGAAGAAGCUUGUCAGAGUGGUGUAAGUGUCAUAGCAGAGCCUGGUGGCAGUAUAAGAGACAAGGAUGCUGUAGACUGUUGCAAUAAAUAUGGCGUCUCAUUAGUUUUAACCGAAGUGAGGCACUUCCGUCACUAACCCUGAUGCCAGUUGUAGACACUGUUACCUUCUCCUUGCCAUUAUAGUUUAAUUAGAGGGCAAGAUGCCCAAAUUUUCGUGGAAAAUAAUGUUUGAUCUAUUCGAGUCUGCAUUAAUUGUUGAAACAAAAUAUAAAAUGACGUGCCUGUUCUGGUUCUCGGCCAUAUCACUCAGGUUUAGGUAGUACUUCCCUCAUGAAAUCAGACUUGCAGGGAAGGCAAAGUCAUGUAUAAUUUGCUGUUGUAUCUUGUUGCUGCACACCCAUUAAUUUAGCCUAUUGUUAGACAAUUUGCUCA